UUGGGAGGAAAGUAAGAGGAGGAAAUGCAGCCUGCCAUUUGUUUGGUGCUGCUAUUUUUAGUUGAGUUAGUUAAAGGAAGCUUAGAUUUGGAUGCUCUUUUAGAGCUUAAGAAGGGAGUUUUGAAAGACCCUUCUGGGAGAGUCCUUUCUUCAUGGGAUUCUAAGUCAUUAGGACCAAAUGGCUGCCCCGAAAACUGGUACGGUAUUGGUUGCAUUGAUGGCCAUGUCACUUCAAUCGAACUAAACGAUGUAGGUUUAGUUGGAAGUUUGGAUUUUGCAGCUAUUAGUGGCCUAAAAAUGCUUCAGAAUUUAUCCGUUGCAAACAACCAGUUAAGUGGGAAAAUUACUGGUUUUGCUAGUCUUGACAAAUUGAAGUAUCUGGAUUUGCACUCUAAUGCUUUUUCAAGCGAUAUUAUGCUUCUGUUGGCCUCGUUAGGCGAUGUAGAGUAUGUUGAUCUUAGUAGCAACAAGUUUGUUGGAUCACUUGACCUGCAAGUAGGAACUUCGAGCUUUGUCUCGUCGAUUCAGUAUUUGAAUAUUAGUCAUAAUAUUCUUGCUGGAGAGCUGUUUCCUCACGAUGGAAUGCCGUAUUUUGAUAGCUUAGAGGUGUUUGAUGCAAGCAACAAUCAGCUUACUGGUACUAUUCCGUCCUUCAAUUUUGUAGUCUCCCUUCGGAUUCUUAGGCUCGGGAACAAUCAGCUGUCUGGAUCACUACCCGAAGCUCUUCUAGAGGGAAGUUCAAUGAUUUUAUCAGAAUUGGACCUAAGCCAGAAUAAGCUUGCAGGUCCCAUAGCAAGUAUAAGCGUUGGGAAUCUGAAGCUUCUAAAUCUAUCCUACAACCAGCUGUCAGGUCCCUUGCCUGUCAAGGUUGGGCAUUGUGCCAUCAUAGACCUGAGCAACAAUCGGCUAACUGGAAAUGUGUCCCGAAUCCAAAGUUGGGGAAAUUAUGUUGAAGUUGUUGUGUUAAGCUCAAAUGCAUUGACAGGAACCUUUCCCAACCAAACUUCCCAGUUCUUGAGGCUUACUUCGUUAAAGAUUUCAAACAACUCACUUGAAGGUGUGUUACCAAAUAUUUUAGGGACAUACCUCGAACUUAAAACGAUUGAUCUUAGCAUUAACCAACUUAGUGGUACUCUCCUUCCCACCCUUUUCAACUCUACCAAAUUGACUGAUGUUAACGUUUCUUUCAACAAAUUUACCGGUAGUAUACCUAUUAUGGCGUCCAACUCAGAGAAUCCAAGCUUGAUUUCUCUAGAUGUUUCACAUAAUACAUUAUCUGGUGUUUUGCCUCCGGGACUGGACAAGUUCCCCGACUUGGUAAAUCUGGAUCUCUCUGAUAAUGAAUUUGAAGGUGGCCUUCCUAAUGAUCUCUCAGACAAAUUGGAAUUUUUAGAUGUGUCUAAUAACAAUCUUUCUGGACUUGUUCCGAAAGGUUUAUGGAAGUUUCCUGAGUCCUCGUUCCAUCCGGGGAAUCCCUUGCUUGUACUGCCAAAGCACGUUGAAGCUCCAUCAGAGGGAGAUUCAACUUCAAACUUGAAAAGUCAUGGCUUUCGCAUGAAAUCUACCAUUAGGGCGGCCCUUAUUGCUGGUCUGGUGUGUAGUGUAUCUGUUAUAGCUUUGGUGACGUUAAUAAUCUACCGCAAGGCCCAUCAACGAGACGUUGAGAAGGACGAUAUGAAAGGAACCAAGGAGAAGAAAGGUUUGUCUUUAUCUGAUAUAGAAUGUGGAAACGACACUAGAGAUCCCGGCAUGCCAGCAUCAACCAUUCAAAAUGAGCCGUUAUCUUCUCCUAUAUCUGUCAUGUCAUCUGCCAAUCUAUCACCUUCUAAGGUUCAAGAUCAAUCCAAAAGCCCAGGCUCUCUCAAAGUUUCUUCUCCUGAUAAACUGGCUGGAGAUUUGCAUCUAUUAGAUAACUCCUUGAAGUUCACUGCUGAAGAAUUAUCGUGCGCUCCCGCAGAAGCUGUGGGCAGAAGUUGCCACGGAACGUUGUAUAAAGCUAUGCUCGGUUCAGGCCAAGUACUUGCUGUCAAAUGGCUUAAGGAAGGGAUAGUGAAAGGCAAGAAGGAAUUUGCCAGAGAAGCUAAGAAAUUAGGGAGUAUUAGGCAUCCAAACUUAGUUUCUCUUCAGGGUUACUACUGGGGUCCCAAGGACCAUGAGAGGCUUCUCUUAUCGAAUUACACUGAUGCACCAUGUUUAGGUCUUUAUCUUCUUCGUAAAGAUGCAGAACCCUGUAAGCUACAUCCUUUGUUUCUCGAUGAGCGACUCAAGAUUUCUGUAGACAUUGCUCGUUGUCUAAACUACCUUCACCAUGAAAGUGCCAUACCUCAUGGCAACUUGAAAUCUACAAAUGUACUAAUAGAAACGUCUAACGUGAAUGCCCUCCUUACUGACUAUAGCCUUCAUCGGUUAAUGACAUCAGCUGGAACAGCACAACAGGUACUAAAUGCCGGUGCACUCGGUUAUCGGCCUCCUGAAUUUGCAAGUACAAGUAAACCUUGCCCAUCAUUGAAAAGCGAUGUCUAUGCUUUCGGUGUUAUCUUAUUGGAACUUUUGACCGGAAGAAGUUCUGCAGAUAUUGUACCCGGGAAUUCAGAAGUGCUGGAUUUAACCGAAUGGGCGAGAUUGUUGACCAUCCAAGACCGUUCAAUCGAGUGCUUCGAUCCGUUUUUAUUGGGAAAACAAAGCAACGAAGGCGUACAUACGAUUCUCGAUAGCAUGCUUCAAGUUGCAUUGAGGUGUAUUUUGCCAGCUGAUGAAAGGCCUGAUAUGAAAAUGGUUUUCGAGCAACUUUGCUCGAUAGCGCAAUAACACAAGUUGGAGAGGUAAUGUAGUUGUAGAUUUGUAUCUUAAAGAAGUAGAUAAUUUCAUUCAUGUUCCAUUUUAAUUGUUUAGACCAAAAUUCAUUUGUGAAUUAGCUCAUUAAAGUGAUGAAUGAAGUUUUUGUAUUCUCCACAUUUUUACGAGAAAUAAAAGUUUCUUGUAUGUCAUUCUUAUGAACCUCUUGUAACUUAGUGGAAGCAAGAAUCACAUUCAUCUUCUGUU